AUGUCAUCUUACAAUCUUCAAUCUGAUUAUUCCUUUGCGGGAGGAAUUCCUGAACCACCAUUCAAAAUUGAUAAAUCAGUAAGUGAAAGAAUCGACCCAGAAUAUGCAAGUUUUUUUGAAAAGCAUUUAAUUCAAAAUUCAAACCUUCUUUACACCCAUAGAACUCCGCUCGAAGUCACCAGAAAGGGAGGUAACGUUAUUCCGGGUCAAACUCCAUUGGCUCUGGAUGUUUCCAGUUAUGAUAUUAAAAUUUCCAGAAAGCAUACCCUGGGUGAAGAAAUUCCGGCAAGAGUCUUCGUUCCGGCAUCAUUGGAAAACUCAGAUAACAGGCCCUUGUUUGUUUGGUAUCACGGAGGUGGUCAUGUUUUAGGUAACAUAUCUACAGAGAACAGUUAUUGUACAAAAGUUGCUUCUUAUUCAAAUUGUGUGGUGAUGACGGUCGACUAUAGAUUGGCUCCAGAGAAUCCUUUUCCAGCAGCUGUCCAUGAUGCUUUUGAGGCUCUCAUGUUCGCUUAUGAAAAGCCUGAAGUAUUGAAAAUUGAUAAUUCGAGAAUUUCAGUAGGUGGAAGUUCUGCCGGUGGGAAUUUAGCAGCCAUUGUUUCACAUAAGUUCUCUAACUUUGGCUCAGAGCUUCCUCCAAUCUGUUUGCAAUUACUAGUGGUUCCAGUUAUUGAUAACACCGCUACUGUUGAAACUCAACCUUCUUGGAGAGAAAAUGAAUUCACUCCUCAAUUACCUGCUGAAAAAAUGCUUUGGUACAGAGAACUCUACUUACCUAAUUCACAAGACCAUGAUAACCCAGAAGCAUCCCCUUUAUUUUACUCUGAUGAAAGCUUCAAGAAAAACCCACCUUGUCUAAUAGCCGCUGCAGCUUGUGACGUAUUAAGAUCUGAAGCUGAAGCUUACAAUGUUAAGUUGAAGAAAAAUGGAGUUAAUUCAGAUAUAAUCAUUUAUCCCGGCGUUCCACAUCCAGUCAUGGUUAUGGAUCUGGUUUUAACCAAAGGUAAACAGCUUGUUCAAGAUACAACAAGGGCAAUUAAAGAAGCUUUGUAUCAUACAUAG